GGAUGUGACAGGCACAAUUUCCUGAGUCAUUGCUCCUGUUUCAAACCUAAACUACGAGGUCUGUUAUCUCACUACAUUAAUUUAACAUUUUGUUAAAUAUUUUAAGACAUUUUUUAAAUGGAGGGGUCGGUGUCGAAUGUGGAGGUUUGUAACUAUGCGUAUACAGGGCAGUUCGAUCAAUUAAAACAGUGUAUUCUCUCUGACAAAACACUUGCCUGCAAAAUCGAUCAGGACCGCCGAACAGCUCUUCACUGGGCUUGUUCUGCUGGACACACCAAUAUUGUGGAGUUUCUGCUUGACCUGGGAGUCGAAGUGAAUCUGCAAGAUGAUGCCUCAUGGACACCUUUACACAUCGCUGCGUCUGCAGGCAGAGAGGACAUAGUGAGAGCUUUGAUAUCCAAAGGGGCUCAGUUGAACUCAGUUAAUCAAAAUGGAUGCACGCCUCUGCAUUAUGCUGCUUCUAAAGACAGAUAUGAGAUUGCCUUACUACUGUUGGAAAAUGGAGCGGACCCCAAUGCCACAGACAAGUUGCAGUCGACUCCUCUUCACAGAGCAUCUGCCAAAGGCAACUACCGCCUGAUCCAGCUGCUACUCAAACAGAGCGCCUCCACCAACAUCCAGGACUCCCAGGGCAACACCCCUCUCCACCUCGCAUGCGACGAGGAACGGGUAGAAGCCGCCAAAUUGCUAGUGGAACAUGGGGCCAGCAUUUACAUCGAGAACAAGGAGGAGAAGACGCCCCUUCAGAUCGCCAAGGGUGGACUGGGAAACAUCCUUCGCCGCCUCGUGGAGGGAUGAUGCUGUUUCAGCUGUGGCUUAAAUCGCCUCCAGCUCACUGGUUCAUAGUGAAACUUUGUGUGUUGGGGAAGCAACAGUAAUGUUCUGGAGAAAGCGUAGGAUCGCCCUGAUCCACCUACCAGGUGGGAUGUUCAGACUUUGCAGAAGCUCAAAAAGUUUCUAACACUGUGUGGUCUUUAUAAGAAUUUUUUUUUUUUUUUUUUUAAGAUGUUUGUGUAAAAGCAACUCCAUAAACGUUUGAUUAAAAUGUAUUUAGUA